UAAUUCAAGGAUGAUUGCGUGCUUCACCCGUUCCUAGACUACCGCACUAUGAUGUGGGUGGUGAUACGGAAGAAUUCUUCCAUCAUCUCUCAGGUACGAUAGUUGUCCAUCAAAUCAAGAAAGGACGGGCUGAUUCAAAGAUCGCUACGGCCUUAACCUUACCAUACUACACUUUGAUAUGCAUGGUAGUACAGAAGAAUCCUUCUCUUAUCUCUGACAUGCAAAAGUUGUCCAUCAUAUCAGAAAGGAUGUGACAUGUCCAUCAAAUCGAGAAAGGACAAGCGGAUUUAGCCAUCGUUGCGCUUUAACCGCUUUCUAAAACAUUGCACUUUGAUACAGAUGAUACUAUGGAAGAAUGCUUUCCUUAUCUCUAAGAUGCAAUGGUUGUCUAUCAGAUCAAGAAAGGGCGGGCGGGCGGAUUCAAAGAUCAUAGCAGCCGCCUCAACCGCUCCCUAAAAUUCUCCAAUGAGAAAUGAAGAGUAGUGAUGGCGAUAAGCUAGCGGAGAAUAUCCUUUCCAUUAUCUCCAAUUGUCACUAGUGGUCCCUUGUGUGAUACAUAUAAGUAGGCACUCCCAUCGUCUGUGAAUGAGUUGAAAACUGGCAACGCACUACCUUCAUACACUUUUACCUACAUCUUCAUACACUGUAGACUACAUCUAUUAGAUUCUACCAAGUGACGACAAGACCAGACGACAAUAAUACCAGACGACGAUAAUACCAGAAGACGAGACGACGACAAUACCAGAAGACGACAAUACCAGACGACGACAAUACCAGACGACGACAAUACCAGACGACGACAAUACCAAACAACGGCAAUAUGGUCGGGCCAAAUGGACAAUAUUCUGAGCCUAUUGCCAUCUGCGGAAUGGCUAUGCGCCUUCCUCGCGGCGUCAAGACUCCCGAAGCCUAUUGGGAUGUAUUGGUCAACGGCAAAGACUUGAGGGAGCCAGUACCAAUUUCCCGUUACAACAUCAAAGGCUUUGAUGACUCCAUGGGUAAGACGAAUAUCAUCCAGCAAAAGGAGGCAUACUUCCUGGAAGAUGACCUAGCUGCUUUCGACGCUGGUCUAUUCACCAUGACCAGGAAUGAAUUGGAAAAGGCCGACCCACAACAACGUCUUCUCCUAAUGGUUGUUCGAGAAUGUUUGGAGAGCGCGGGUGUGACUGAUUAUCGAGGAAGCGUCACGGGAUUUUUCGUUGGUACAUUCUCCGAAGAUUGGCUACAGACACAAUCCAGGGAAGAACAGCAUGCGACUGGGUAUGUUCUUACAGGCCAUCUCGACCCGAUGUUGGCGAAUCGAGUGUGCUUUGAGUAUGACCUUCGUGGCCCAUGUUACGUGGUCAAAACGGCAUGUUCCUCGUCCAUGAUUGCAAUGCACAAUGCAGUUCGAGCUGUUCAGAAUCGCGAUUGCGAUGCCGCAAUCAUAUCAGGAUCAAAUCUCAACAUGGGGCCCAUCACGACCGCUUCCAUGACUCAGGAAGGUAUCAUGUCUCCAGAGGGUUCGUGCAAGACCUUUGACGCACGUGCCGAUGGGUAUGGACGUGGUGAAGCAGUCAACGCUAUCUACAUCAAACCACUGUGUGAUGCAAUCCGAGAUGGCAACCCAAUUCGAGCAGUUAUCAGGAAUACUGCUUGUAACCAAGACGGUCAAAGCGUUGGCCUAUUCGCAACCAGCAUUGUGGCGCAGGAAGCCCUGAUGAGAAAAGCGUAUGCGGGCGCGGGUCUCAACCCAGUUGAUACCGCUAUGGUUGAAUGUCAUGGAACAGGAACUCCUGUGGGCGAUCCCGUCGAGGCAAUCUCAGUCGGCAAUGUUUUCGGUGUACCAAGCGGAGGCGUCUAUAUCGGGUCUGUCAAGCCAAAUCUGGGCCACGCAGAAGCUGCAGCUGGUAUCUCGAGCUUGAUGAAGGCUGUUCUCUCUUUGGAGCAUAAGAUCAUUCCUCCAAACAUCAAAUUCGAGAUUCCAAAUCCUCGAAUUCCAUUUGAGGAGAAGAAAAUCACGGUACCUGUCAAGCCCAUGCCGUGGCCCGAAGGAAAGGCACAUCGAAUCAGUGUCAAUUCCUUUGGUAUCGGGGGCACUAAUGCGCAUAUCAUUCUCGAUUCUGCUGAACAAUACCUCAAAGAUCACGCGCAAUCUCAGCUAAGCUCUCAACUUGCUGUCAUCUCUGCGAAUUCUCAAGAUUCCCUGAAGGCCGGGAUCGAGAAUCUCAAGCAGUAUGUUGCAAGCCAUCCUGACUGUUUACCGGAUCUCGCCUAUACACUCUCUCGACGCCGGGAGCAUUUCAAAUGGAGAUCAUUUGCAACUCUUUCCAACCUAGACACUGUGAAUUUUGCCCCUCCUACCAACAAGCCCGUUAGGCAACCGACAGUUGUUAUGGUUUUCAGCGGCCAAGGGUCCCAAUGGCCACAGAUGGGUCAUGACCUCCUGGCUUCGCUUCCGGGCUUCAAAGAAGAUGUGAUGGCAAUGGACGAAAUCCUGCAAAGCUUGGAAGCUCCCUUCCGCCCUCAGUGGACAGCUAUCGAGGAGUUGACCAAACCCACCGGCUCGAGUCAAUUGCAUCGUGCAGAGUUGGCGCAACCUCUGUCCACCGUUGUCCAGAUAGGUCUGGUAAACGCACUGAAGAGCCUGGGGGUUCGCCCACAGGCCGUGGUUGGUCACUCCAGUGGUGAGAUUGCCGCUGCAUAUGCUGCAGACGCACUCACUUUGCGCGAAGCCGUCACUGCCGCCUACUACCGUGGUUACGUUUCGAAAGACGCUACCACGCAAGGUGGAAUGGCUGCAAUUGGUCUAGGAGCUGAAGAGACGCGUCAAUUUCUUCCUGAUCGAGUCGUUGUGGCCUGUGAGAACAGCCCUGCAAGCACCACCAUCUCGGGGGAUGCAGAUCAGCUACGGGUGGCACUAGCGAACAUUCAAGCCGCACAGCCUGAUACCUUUGCCCGAGCCCUUAAGGUGGAAAUGGCUUAUCAUUCCCAUCAUAUGGUCGCCUUAUCAGAGGCGUACGAGUCUCGCUUGGGCGAUGAGUUUACAAGCUUUACCCAAGGACGCGAGACACUUGAUGGCGAGCUGCAAAUCCCUCUAUUUUCCAGCCUACACGCCAAAAAGAUUACAGAUGCCCGAGAAUUUGGACCACAAUACUGGAUCGACAACUUGACACAUCCAGUCCUUUUCAAUUCAGCUGUUCAGGGCAUCUUGCAGGAGGUCUCGAAUCCCUUGUUCCUCGAGAUUGGUCCCCACUCCACCCUUCAAGGACCCCUUCGCGAAAUUUGUACCAGCCUCAACAAGAAGUUCGACUAUAUUCCCACCAUGCUAAGGGGCAAAAACUGCACAGAAUCAUUUUUGUCUGCAGUAGGACAACUCUACCAACAAGACAUCAAUGUCGAUUUUGCUGCCCUAUACCCGUCUGGGCGAGUCCUGACAAACCUUCCGGCAUAUCCUUGGUCUAUGAAAGAAACAUAUUGGUAUGAGCCAAGAAUAUCAAGAGAAUGGCGUCUUCGUCCACAUGGCCAGCAUGAGUUACUUGGGCGCAAAGUUGCUGAAAGCACUACGAUCAAUCCUUCUUGGAGACUAGUCCUUAACCUCGACCAUGUUCCUUGGAUUGCCGAUCAUAAGGUUCGCGAAAACAUAGUUGUUCCUUUUGCGGCCUAUGUGAGCAUGGUAGGUGAAGCAAUCCGCCAAUUCACUGGAGUCGAGGAAGGGUACAAGGUCAAGGAUAUCCAGGUCACCACGGGCUUAGUUCUCACCGAGACACCGAAAGAAAUUGUGACCGCACUCCGACAGCAACCAAACUCGGAAUACUAUGCUUUCAAUAUCGCGUCUCAUAAUGGAUCGACCUGGAUUACCCAUUGUGAAGGUUUGGUAAAGGCCGUUGAGAAUGGUGCUCCAGCAGCAACCGAGGCACCAGUCGAGCUGCAUCGAGCAGCAGAUGUGGGAAGAUGGUUUGAGACCUUCGCCAAAGUCGGCUUCAACUAUGGACCCAAAUUUCAGCUCCUUGACAAUUUGUCCGCAGCCACAACCAACGAUGCUGCAUCUGCAUUGGUGAACACUGGAGACGAGAUCAUAAAGGGUCCAUUCCUCUUCCACCCCACAACCAUGGAUGCUUGCUUGCAGCUUGCUAUCAUCGCAGGAUCGAAAGGAUUGCCGCGUAACUACACUGAACUCAAGGUACCCACCGCGAUCGAUGAACUUGAAGUGUAUCGUGGCGUGCCAUCAAUGCGAGCUGUUGCCCAUAGCUCGGACGAUGGCUCAGCUAUGAAUAUCGAAUGCGUGGCAGACGGGAAAGCCUUGAUGCGUAUCCGCGGUCUUCACUUCACUCUUUUGCCUGACGAAGAUGCCGGACCUCAACACCAUACUGACGGAGCAUAUCUUGAAUGGCGACCCGAUUUCGACUUCCAAAAGCAGACUACCGCACUGGUUAAGCCACCUCCAUCAGACGACGUUAGCACACGCCUAUUGGAGGAAUUUACCCAGCUGUGCAUACUGGAUUCCGCAAAUCGACUCAAGGGCCAAGAGCCAACCAAUGCGCACUUUGAGAAGUACGGAAGAUGGCUUUCUCUAGAGUCUGAAAUAGCUGCCACCGGACAUUCACCAGUCAUCGGGAAGAGGAUAUCGAAAUUUCUUUCGCUUACCAGCAGCGAAAGGUCUAGUUUGAUUGACGACAUUUAUUCUCGACUGAUCCACUCACCCUCCAGAGCUCCCUACGCGGUUGCGAUAGCACAAAUCCGAGACAACAUUGAAGGUCUAUAUACUGGCUCCGUUGAUCCAGCACAGCUUUUGAUGGAGGACGAUAUCUUGCCAAAUAUAUACAGUGCGAUCAAUUUCGAUUAUGCCGGAUACAUCAGCUCGAUGUCGAACUCCCGGCCAGCCCUUCGAAUCCUUGAAAUUGGUGCUGGAGCAGGCGGUACUACUGAAGCCAUCCUAUCCCAGAUCGUCCGGGAGGGCGAAUUGCCUCCUUACUCAGUGUACACAUACACUGACAUUUCGCCUGGCUUCUUCCCGCGAGCCCGCGAGCGUUUCAGCGAUGCGCCAAACAUUGAGUAUAAGUUGUUUGAUGUCAGCAACGAUCCUCUUUCACAAGGGUUUGAAGCUGACUCAUACGAUCUCAUAUUGGCACCGUAUGUUGUCCACGCAACUGCCAAUCUUCAGCAAACGUUGAAGAACUUGCAUAAGGUUCUGAAGCCAGAUGGCCGCCUUCUUCUCUCAGAACCUGCAGCUAUUGGAAGAUCGCCCAAUUUCAUCUUUGGAACGUUUGCAUCAUGGUGGUUUGGUGAGGCUGACGGCCGUGAAUGGGAACCCUUUGUUUCCAUUAAUCGUUGGAAUGAUGAACUCAAGGCUUCCGGCUUCACUGGCGCAGACAAUGUUGUGUAUGACGCACCAGUGCCGUACCGAUACUGGUCAACCAUCAUUACGCAACCUGAAGCCCGCACUGCGAGCGAGAAGAGUCUCCCUGUCGUGUUGAUCUGCGAAGAUACCAAGAGCAAGCUCUCCUCCGAUUUGGUCGAAGGACUGACAAAAUCUGGCCAUUCUAUCAUCAAGAAGGGUCUAACCGAGGACAUCGCCGAUCAACACAAUAUUAUCUUCGCACUGGAUCUGGAGAAGCCAUUCUUCGAAGAUAUCUCUUCGCAGGAUUGGGCCACUUUCAAGAGCCUAAUGGAGAAAUGCGAAUCGAACCCGUCACGAAAGUUACUGUGGUUACUCCCACCAGCACAAAAGAACUGCCAAAACCCCAACGCUGGGCUAUCGAUUGGACUUCUGCGAUCUGUCCGCUCAGAACUAGACUUGUCGCUGUCGACUUUGGAAGUCGAUCCAACCGAUGCUGAUUUGGCAGGCCAUGUUGCGAAUGUCUUCAACAAAGUUCUUAACGAGCAAUUAUCUGACAAGCUGCUUCCUGACAGGGAGUUCUUGGUCGAGAACAAUACCAUCGAGGUUGGCCGAUACAUUCCAUUCUCAAUUGAUUCGGAGCUAUGGCGGAAGACCCAACCAAAUGGCGUUCCAAACGGUACCGCCGCUUCUCAUACCGCUGGUGGUGCAUUGAGUUUCGAUCCCGAGGCUUCGUACAUUGUGACUGGCGGUUUCGGUGGUCUUGGGAAAGCCAUUUGCUCUUGGAUGGCUGAGCGAGGUGCUCGCUUUAUCACCAUAAUCUCCAGGUCUGCUGGUCGUUCAGCAGAGGAUAAGUCGUUCAUUGCCGAAAUGAAGAGCAUGGGUUGCGUUCUUACUCCAGUUGCUGGACCUGUCCAGGAUUUCAAGUUGGUGAAUUCUGCAGUCACACAUUCACCCAAGUCUGUGAAGGGUGUCAUUCACUUAGCCAUGGCACUUGGGGAUGCUCUUUUCCCCGAAAUGACACAUGAAGGCUGGAAAGAGAGUCUCGCACCAAAGGUUGAUGGUGCCUGGAACCUCCACAAUGCCCUGAAAGAUGUAUCGCUGGACUUCUUCGUUGUCACCAGCUCCAUCGUUUCAACCAUCACCGUCCCAGGUCAAGCAAACUAUAACGCUGCCAACACCUUCCUGGAGGCCUUCUGUCAAUACCGAAAUGGGUUGGGACUCACCGCAUCCGCCAUCGCCGUCAGUCCUAUCGACGAUAUUGGUGUGGUAGUUGGCAACGAGAAAGCUCGUCGCAACCUCCGCUCCAACGGUCUACAGUUCCUCACAGAGCGCGAAGUGCUUGAAUACAUCCACCUGGGCAUUCUGCAUCGCGGGCCAACACCAAUCAUCAUGGGCCUUCACUCUGAUACGCAUUUGGAUGACGCCGCCAACCACGUAGCUUGGAAGAAAGACCGCCGUAUGGGUCUUUACCACAACACUCCUAAAAAGGAGGGCGCCGAGGACGAUUCUGGCGAAGGCGAUGGUUUCCGCGAGUUCAUCGCAGAUGCUACUGUGAGCCCAAGCAAACUCGAUGCCCCUGAGAGCGCCGCGUUCCUUGCUUUUGAACUGGGCAAGCGUGUCUACACAUUCAUGCUCAAGCCUGUCGAAGAGGUUGAUAUCUCGCUGAGCCUGGUUGAUGUCGGACUUGAUUCGCUCAUGGCUGUUGAGCUGCGACGUCUCUGGAACCAGAUGUUUGGUACAACCAUUAGCGUUUUGGAGAUUAUGUCGUUGGGUGCGUUGGAGAACUAUGGCAAGCUCGCGGCCAAGGGACUGAAGCAAAGACUUUUGGAAGGUUAACUAUCGGUGUCUGCUGUUGCCUUCCCUCGGAUUUUCUAACAUAGAGCGAUUCACUCUUUUACCUGCGUUUGUUUCCCCUCAAAUUUCCUACUAUAUAUAGAUACCUUAGUUAGUUAUCCACCCUCAGAAAUAGAAUUAGCUUCAUUUUGCGCCCAUUGCACAUUUUUCAUUCCGAGAACUAGACAUUUCCGAGUGACCCAUCCUGAAAUUGAAAUGAAGCCAAUUGAGCAAAGCUCUUUAGAAAGCCAACCUUCUCCCCAAGCGAGAUCAAAUUACAAGCCUGCCACCUUUCCCAUUGAUGUGCUCUCUCAAAGUGCCGUCCACUCAGACAAACAAACCAGGAGAUCUGCUUCGGGACUUCAAAUUCUGUGCCACUUGGCAAGAGCAUCUUGAUUAUACCAGAGAUGGAAGGAAUCAAAAGCCAAGAUCAUGCAACACGAGCAAAUAACCAUGAGAAAUGAAGAUUUAGAAAUGAGAGGUGGCAAAGCGAAGGUGUUGUUGCUAGGAGGGGAAAAGAGAGU